AUGAAGAUGCGACCAACAGCCCAUCCCCAAGUACCCGGGGACUCCGACAGGGAUGCCAAUGAUGGUAGGCAGAUACCUCGAGGGGUCAGGGGAGAGAAGAAUCUCCGGGUGGCGGUCUCAAACCAUCAAACGACUUUUGCUAUGCCCAUGGACGCUGAUAAAGAAACUGAUAGGAAGAACGACGAAGAGCAAAUAAUAAAUAAUCAGGUUCAGGCUAAAGUUGAAAUUUUGGUGGAUGAUGUAUCCCAACAGGAAGAAAGACAUUUAUUCAAAUCUACAUAUUAUGCGAUAAUUUCUGCAGCACAGGAAUUAAUUGAAACAUACACUAGAUUACAUGAAACGAAAAACGAUAGAAGGGAUAGUUGUUCGCGUAGUGAAGUUUCCACAGGAGGAAAUUUUACUCAGGAGAACAGGUUAAACAGGGCCAUACAACUUAAUCUCUGUUUGAAUUGUUUACGAAGAGGUCAUACUGCUAAUGAUUGCCGCUUGGGUACGUGUAGGAUCUGUAAGGAAAAACAUAAUACGUUAUUAUGUACGAAUAGAGAUAACAAUAAAACGAAUAAUGUCUCACUUUCACUGUCAGCUCAGUCUACAGGUCAGGUCCUCUUAGGUACAGCCAUGGUUCACGUAGUAAAUCCUAGAAAUAAAAAUACUUACCUUGCUCGUGCUCUACUCGACGCAGGUAGUCAAUCAUCCUUCAUUACAGCAAACCUGAAAGAAAAAAUGGGUUUAAAUAGUACAAAUAAUAAUUCUUGUAUAACAGGAAUAAAUAAUACUACAUCUUAUGUAUCUGAUAUAUGUAAUGUGACACUUAAAUCAUUAGUCACAACCUUUAGUACUCACCUUAAAUGUUUAGUGAUGCCUAAAAUUACUGGUCACUUACCUAACUUUCCUGUGAAUGUUGCGCAGCUUAACUUAACAGAUACAAUUCAGUUAGCUGAUCCUAAAUUUUAUCAGCCCUCUGAAAUUGAUAUUCUCAUGUUCUUUAAUAUUAUUUCUUCUCAUCAAAUGCGCCUAGGCACGGGCAUGCCCAUCCUUCAGGAUACGAAGCUUGGAUGGAUAGUGGCCGAUCCUCUUGACGGGCGUAAUUACAUUAAACCUAAAAAAGUAAGCAAUAGGGUACACUGCAACUUCACAAAGCAAAUCAGCGACGAUUUAGCCAAGUUUUGGAUGCUUGAGGAAAUCCAGUCUUCAAAUGUGCCUCUAUCCGUGGAACAUGAGUUUUGUGAAAACCAUUUUCUUGAGAAUACCUCACGACUACCUAACGGUCGAUUCUCAGUCUUAAUGCCUAUGCUAGAAGAUCCUCAUAAGGUGUUAGGUGAUUCAUAUAACAUGGCAGAGAGGCGGUUCUUAAGCUUCGAGAAAAAACUUAAUAAAAAUCCAUGUCUUAAAAAACUAUAUAGCGACUUUAUUCAUGAAUACGAGGCGCUUGGUCACUUAAGUAAUAUAACAAGGCCAGCCUUCGGAUAUUACAUGCCACAUCAUGCAGUCAUUCGAGAGUCAUAUAUGAAUGAGUAUGUAGGUUAUAAUUUAAAUAUACUAAAUGGUCCAUUCAAUGGUUUUAAUGGCGAAAGCGGCUUUUUGUACUAU